AUGUUAUGUUCAAGGUUGGGGAGGACCUGAGGCAGGACAUGCUGGCUCUUCAGAUGAUCCGCAUCAUGGAUCGCAUCUGGCUGCAGGAGGGCCUGGACCUGCGCAUCGUCAACUUCAAAUGCAUCUCCACCGGCAAGGACAAAGGCAUGGUGGAGCUGGUGCCGUCCUCCGACACCCUGAGAAAGAUCCAGGUGGAGUACGGCGUCACCGGGUCCUUCAAAGACAAACCGCUGGCCGAGUGGCUCCGCAAGUACAACCCUGCAGAGGACGAGUAUGAGAAGGCGUCAGAGAACUUCAUCUACUCGUGUGCCGGGUGCUGUGUGGCGACAUACGUUCUGGGCAUCUGUGAUCGUCAUAACGACAACAUCAUGCUGCGCUCCACGGGUCACAUGUUCCACAUCGACUUCGGGAAGUUCCUGGGACACGCCCAGAUGUUUGGCAGCUUCAAAAGGGACCGCGCUCCUUUCGUUCUGACCUCGGACAUGGCGUACGUCAUCAACGGAGGCGAGCGACCCACCAGCCGCUUCCAGCUGUUUGUGGACUUGUGUUGCCAGGCUUACAACCUCAUCAGGAAACACUCUGGGCUUUUCCUCAACCUGCUGUCACUGAUGACGUCCUCCGGCCUCCCCGAGCUGACGGGCUCUCAGGAUCUGAAGUAUGUGUUCGAUGCCCUGCAGCCGCACAACACAGACGCUGAGGCCACUAUCUUCUUCACCAGGCUGAUAGAGUCCAGUCUGGGCAGCGUGGCGACCAAGUUCAACUUCUUCAUCCACAACCUGGCCCAGCUGCGGUUCUCUGGUCUGCCCGCCAACGACGAGCCCAUCCUGUCCUUCUCCCCGAAGACGUACACCAUGAAGCAGGAGGGCCGCAUCCUGCACGCCUCCAUCUUCUCCUUCCAGAAGAGAUACAACCCGGACAAGCACUAUACGUACGUGGUGAGGAUCCUGAGGGAAGGUCAGACUGAGCCCAACUUUCUCUUUCGCACUUUUGAUGAGUUCCAGGAGCUCCACAACAAACUCACCAUCCUCUUCCCUCUCUGGAAGCUGCCCAGGUGGCUCCAGGCCUUCCUCUACACAAAAAUCGGGAGGGCCAGGACAUAUCCGAACGGCCAGACUAUUGUCUGCGUCUGA